AAUGUCAGAAUUACCAUCCAUUUAAAAUUAAGAUGUCUCAGGUCCAAGGAAUGAAUAGAAAGAAUUAAUACCUUAAGAAAAAGAGACUACUAAAAAUAUCUCUGAAUAAUCACUCAUAAAAUAAGAGUUAUACAACGACGAUGAAAUGAAAGCAAUUAUGAUAUCAGGAAUAAAAUCAAUGGUAGGGGGAUUAUUAUUACAUCUGGAACUUGGUACUUUUUAUGUUUGGGGAUCAAUAAGUAUAAUUAAAUCAUAUUCUAAUUAUAGGUCCAUAUGUGUGUGCUUGGAUGAGAGAGAAGGACUUAAGUGUAACAUUGAAUUAUAUGGCUAUUAUAUUUCCUAUUCUUGGUUUAAUAACAAUGUCAUGUUUGUCAUUUGGAAUAAAGAUAGCUGAAAAAAUUGGAUUUAAACUUACAAUAGGAAUAUGUUCAACAUCAAUAGCCUUGGCAUUUUUGAUAAUAUCAUUUGUUCAAGAUAUUGGUGGUUUCAUAGCUAUCUAUUGUAUAAUGGUUGGAAUAUCAGGAGGAUUAGCAUAUAUGUUACCAAUAAUUUGUGGAUGGAGACAUUUCCCAGAUAAAAGAGGAUUAGUAUCUGGAAUAACUAUAGGUGGAUAUGGAUUUGGGUCAUUCAUCUUCAAUUUUGUUUGUAAAGCAAUAGCAAAUCCAGACAAUGAAAAACCAAGUCUUAUAUUUGAAGAAGAUGGUGAAAAUGUGAAAUAUUUUGAUAAUAAAGUUGGAGAUCGAGUUCCUUUAAUGUUAUAGAUUAUGGCAGCAUGUUAUUUAGGAUUAGCCAUUCUAUCAACUUUAUUAGUAAGAUUCCCAUAGGAAAUAGAUGUAGAAAAAUUGAUAGCUACAAUUGAAGCUAAAAAAAAGAAAAAUGCUGCUGAAAAUCCUAAUCAAUAAAUUCAUGUACCAUCAUCUUAUUUACCCCCAGAAAAGGAAUGUUAAACAAUGUAAUAUAAUUAUAUUUAAUUUUAGAUCAAAAGGAGUUAAACAUAUAGUUUUCCCAAUACUGGUUUUGAUUGUUUUAAUGUCAUGUACUUUAGGAAUGUUGAUAUCUAAUUGCUAUAAGUUUUAUGGAUAAGAAUUAGGAAUAGAUGAUGCCACACUUACAGCUACUGGAUCUGUUGCUGGUGUAAUGAAUGGAUGUUCUCGUUUCUUCUGGGCUACUUUAUCUGAUAAAACCUCAUUUAAAUUUACAUUCACAUUAAUAUCAAUUCUGAAUUUAAUUACUUCAGCAAUAUUACCUUAUAAUUCUGAUGGGAUUGGAUAUCUUUUGUUGAUUGCUAUUGUUUAUUUAGCUGAAGGAGGAUUGUUAGCAACAUAUCCUUUGAUAUGUGCCACAGUUUAUGGCAAAAAGAUUGGAGGGUUAAUGUAUGGAUUUCUAUUCUUUAUGAUUGGUGUCUGUAAUAUGCUUGGUUACAUAUUCUAUAGAUUUGCAAGAUUAAAGAUUGGAUGGGAAGGUGUUUAUUGGAUUUGUUUUGGAAUGAAUGUUGUUGGAAUCAUACUGGGUAUUAUUUUAAAGGAAAAAGGAUAUGAUUGGAGAGAUGUUUAAGUUUAAGCAUCAGAUUAAUUAAGAAACGAAAAUUCAGAACAUUAACAAUUACAGUAAUAACAAUGAUUUU